AUGGCCAUCAAAGACGCAUCCACCUCCCGCCUCACCGCUUAUGUGGCAGUGUGUGUGGCAGCCGGCCUGGCGUCAGUCGUGGCGUGCCUGGCUGUCCUUCUCCUCCGUGGCCGGCGUCUGCUCUCUUCGCCGCCGCGACGUGCGCUCGGUGCCCUGUUCGCGUGUGAUCUGGCGGCUGCUCUUGGCCUGGUUGUUGCUGGGUGUAUGUGGCUGACUCCCUCGCUCCGCUACGACUCAGCCUGCUACGUCCUCGGUGCAUGGGUCUACGGCUGGUAUCUGGCGAGUUUUGUAUGGACGGGUGCCUUUGCCCUCGAGAUGUAUUGCCUCCUCUCGGUCCGCCCACAGGCAUCGGCUGCCGCCCGUCGCUUUGUCAUCGCCUGCCUGGUCUCGGUCACUGUUCCUGGCGGUCUGCUGGCGCUGGUCUGCAUCCGCGCCGCGAACCAGCCGCCCGGCGCCGAAGUGCGCAUCCAUCACGGCGAUCCGGACUCGUCGUGGUGCAUGUGGGAUCCACAGUCGUACUCGCUUGUCGAGAUGCUCACCUUUUACGUCCCGCUCGCGCUGGCACUUGUUUGUGUCACGUGCCUCUACAUCGCCAUCAACCGUCGGCUCCGCUCAGCCAUUGCCUCGUCUGGCAUCGUGACCGACAAGGAGCGUGCCAUGUCCAAGUCGGUCCGCACCUCAUCGCUGCUCUACAUCGGCAUCUUUGUCCUCUGCUGGAUGUUCUCGCUCGCGGCGGCAAUUCUCAACAACAUUGCCUACUUUUCGUCUCGCAUCACUGGCAACGACCUCUUCCCGCUCUAUCUUGCCAUGGGUAUCACUGCUCCCUCGCAGGGCUUUUUCAACGCCAUCGUUUACGGCUUUGACGACUGCUGUGUAAGCGGAGCUCGGCGCCGCCGGCGCCGCCAUGGUCGCGAGGCCGAAGCCCUCCUCUCCACCACCCCCACUGCAGGCUCGCCUUUUGUUGUUGCUCCUCUCUUUCGCUCCUCGGUUCAGGCCAACGACUCGUCGUCACACUUCCGGACACACGUCCCUACGCCGGUGCACUACGGCGCCGGUUCGUCGCCGGGCCUCGCUACCAGCUCGUCGUUUGUGGCUGCAUCGGGCGAGUCGUCGCUUGGGCGCAUGCGCUGAUGAUCAGCUACACUGGCGAGUGCAUGCCAAGCUUGGUGUUGAAGUCGAGGUACAGCCGCUUCUGCGCCUUGAAGAAUGCGGCGCGGACUUUGCGCUUGAUGACUUCGUCCCAUAUGACGACGGCGACGCCCCAGGAAACCAAAAAGGCCCACCAAAGCGGACUGACGCGCUCGAGGAGCGCCGUCUGCCAAACACGGGCUGCCUCGAUGAGCACCACUACACUGGCAACCAAGAGCCACGCUGGGUUCCGCCACGGAGCCACGACGCGCAUCGAGUGGUAGUGGUGGUGGAAGACGGCCGAUUCAACGAGUGCGAGCCAGACAAGAACCGUGACCACCGCGCCUGGUGCAGCGGCGGCUAGCGCGGUCCCGGCUGCAGCAGAUGGUCCGACCCGCAAGGCGAGCUCUCGACUGAUGGCACGAAGCUCUCGCGCGUGCCACCCGACGGUGUCGUUUUUGCGCGGAAGGAGCUUCAUGAUGCCCGGCGCCUCGGGCCCGGACAUAAAG